UCGGUUGUUGAUCGCUUGAUUGUUGUGGUCGUGGUGAAGGUGGUGGGAUCACAGGUGGGAGUGCGCUGGUGUGUCUGUCUGUCAGCACCGGCAAUACGUGGUUUGUUCUGUGGGCCCGCGGCCGACCGCUGUGACCCGUUAACAGCGCGGUCCGAGGCCUGCCACGAUGGACCCAUAUUCAGGUGACAGCAGCGACAGCGGCUCGCUGGAGUGGCCGGGGCCGUUCGUGGAGGAGAUCGACCAUCGCGAAAUCGAGCUGUUCGAGGUGGUGGGCAAAGGGACCUUUGGGCUUGUGCGCAAGGGUCGCUGGCGAGACCAGGAUGUGGCCGUCAAGUCCAUUGCCUCGGACCACGAGAAGCGCGCAUUCCUCGUUGAGGUGCGACAGCUGUCACGAGUGGAUCACCCCAACAUAGUCAAGCUGUACGGGGCUAGGGUGCGAACACCGGUGUGCCUAGUGAUGGAGUAUGCAGAAGGUGGAUCCCUGUACAAUGUGCUGCACACGAUGAAGCAGGUACCGUACACACUGGCGCACGCCCUGAGCUGGAUGCUGCAGUGUGCCCGUGGGGUGGCUUACCUGCACAGCAUGAAGCCCAAGGCCCUGGUGCACCGAGACCUCAAGCCACCCAACCUGCUGCUGGUCAACGGGGGCACGGUGCUCAAAAUUUGUGAUUUCGGCACGGCCUGUGACGUGCAGACCCAGAUGACCAACAACAAAGGCAGUGCUGCAUGGAUGGCCCCCGAAGUGUUUGAGAGCUCGACAUACUCGGAGAAGUGCGACAUCUUUAGCUGGGGCAUCAUCCUGUGGGAAGUGCUCACGCGCCGCAAGCCGUUCGAAGACUGUGGCCCGCCCGCCUUCUGCAUCAUGUGGGCCGUCCACCAAGGAAAGAGGCCUCCACUGAUCCGUGGCUGUCCCACCGUUCUGGAGGAACUGAUGGUUAACUGCUGGUCCAAACAUGCCGAGCAGCGGCCUCCCAUGGCCGAGGUGGAGAAGACCAUGGACCACUUGGCAGCCUUUGUUCCAGGAGCUGACAUACCUCUCACAUAUCCAGCACCGCAGCGGAAUGAUGCUGAGUCGCCGGGCAAUGACGAGUGGAGUGAGCCAGCCGGUCUGGGGACUGACCCGUCGUGGGGCUCCCAACGGCAAGCCACUUCCCUUGUAGUGCACGGAGCUACAAACACCACCACGAAGGCCCGGAGAAGCGGCAUCGAGCAGCCACCGCAGAUGAGUGCGCCACCAUCGUUGUCCUGCAGCAUCGAGGACUUGCAACGCGUGGCCGAACUCUCGCUUCAGGAUGGUGCUGCAGGAGACGCAUCAGCAGCAGGGGCAGGCGUCGUCCCGUCGUGGACUCCAGGCCACCGUCGGGUCGGAUCGGCAGGCUCCCAGCAGCCCAGCAUGGCAGCUGCCUUGGAUGCUGGCGAUCAUCACACACCACAGCUGCCUCCACAGUGGCCUGCAAGGACGGGUGGCCACCCAAGGCCUCAUCCGAGCUUCCAGACACCCUUGCUGCUGCGGCCGGACCCUUCACGGAAGACCUCGUGGCCUGCUACACCAGAUUGUCCGCAGGAGGUGGACUUGGGCCUCAAUGCUCACUUGCUCAUCGAGCCAGCCUUGCAGCCCCUGAGCCCAGUUCCGAGCUGCCAGGAGUCGGUGCGCAUCUUUGACGACCACCGGUGCUUGGCCCAGUGGUACUUCAAGCUGCAGUCGGAGAUCUGCCUGCUCAACCAGCGAAGCAAGGAGCUGGACAAGGAGUUGGAAGUUCCUGUGUCUGAACCCCGGCGCACAUACUACGAUGAGGCCGAACAGCUGGAGAAAGAGCAGGAGCAGCUGAAGCUUCUGCGCGAGAGCCUCAAGAACCAGCUGCAGCUGCUGAAGCAGCAGCAGCGGCAGGACCAACGUGGCAGUCAACCUGGCAGUCAGCCUGGCAGCGGCAACGAGGAAUGGGUCAUGGUGCCCAUGCCACGGUAGCAGAACACACACACACAGGAGAAAUGACGUCAGUGCGCAUCUAGUGCCUGCUGCCACUGAAGUGUGUGUCGGCCUUCGCAGUCUGCUGCUGUAACUGGGUUGGCACGGUUAGGGUUAAAUGUUCUUGUUGUUGUGUGGCUAGCUCACCAGCGUCGACUAGUGACUCUGCGGAGCAUGGGGCGAGUUAUCUGUUGUUACUCGGUGGUUUGGGGUGGGGGGGGGGGGGGGCCUAGAAGCUGGGCAAAGUGGCCACUGGCAAUUGUUACUGCAAUACGGUGGUUAGCCAAGCUUGUUGGUACGACUAAGUAAUAUGGCAAACAGCGUGAAAACGGGGAAAAGAUUAAAAGAACAGGCGACAGGGGUAGCUACAUCCAAUUAAUGUCUACUGCACGGGAGCUAAAUGUUUAGGCAGCUGAAAACAAGGCAAUUGCAAAUAAAUCCCACCUACUAGGAACCCGCUGUCACUCGUGGUCAUUUUGUGACGUGCGUGUGUGUGUCUUUUUUUGCAUUUGCCUUGAUUUUUAUACCUUUCGCCUAAUAAACUUUAGUUGGAAGUCAGUGCCCACAUCAUCAGUUUCCUCAAUCUUUGUCCCGUUUCCACGCUGCUUGCCAUAUUAUGCAAUCGUUGGUUGGGAGCAUGCACAUUCCUUGAUGUAUGCUGUCACUUUUUACAAGGUUUGUAAAGCUGCUGCAUAAGUGCUGGUGCCAAGUUCCUUGGUAUCAGUACCCCUGGCACUGAUAAAGGUGUGAGGAAGAGCACAUAUGCCAUUUAUGCCUGCAUAGCUCUUGAGUACCACGUAUUGCACAACAGGGGGCCCUGUGCCCAAUAGAGGAUUGGAAAGUGUGCAAAUGAUAGUAAUGAAGGCAAAGGAGAUGCCGGUGAAUUCUGGGGCCUUUCGAUUGCUGUCAUCAAAUUUUUCGCUGAUGCUUUCUGUUGUCAAAUAAGCUUCGGAGAAAACCUGGCGAAACUUCCAUCAGUUGCUAUGGCAACAGACAUUGUCUCCUACUUUUUGUGCAUGUACAAUUACACAGGUACUCCCCCCCCUUUCUUUUCUGUGAGCACUAGCCCCCCAGAAUGGUACAACCUGUAUGUGCGUGAAAUAUUUUUUCCUUGAGUCAGGCCAUCAUACAAAGAGUAGCGUAUCGGUAUUGAGGAACUGGCUACCUAACCUCUUCUCAACCAGUUUUUUGUUACCUUUGUACCAUAUUUGCAAUGCAGUGUCCAAGGUUCCAAUUAUUAUCGGAUUCUGUUUGUCAGAGACACAGGCCCUUACCUUAAAAUUCCAAACAAGCGCCCUUACCCGUGCAAGUACACCCCCUCCACUUUCGAGUGAUCGGAAAUGGGCGCCAACUACCGAGCAAGCGCCCCCUCCCUUCACCCUGUGCACCACUUCAUGCAUUUUCACCUGACCACCUCGUUACAAUUUUUUGUCAACAUUUUACGAAAUUGCAUAUUAAAUUGCAUAAAAUGGCACAGUUUAGUGAGAAAGAAAUUUAUUGUUUAGCCACACUUCUGCUGAGGCCCGAUUGUUCACCAUAGCCAGGUAUCUCCAUAGCCAUAGCCUUUGUCAAUCGCCAUUUUGGUCAAACGUGCGAAGUGUCACGUGUUAAUUAAGUGCGAGACACAUGGUGUGGUCUUGCAUGUGAUCUGCGUUACGACGUGCCGAAGUCCUACUUGCCGCACACGACGAUUCAAGACAUAUGGGGCAAACAAGCGAGCGGCAGGUAGCUCCACCCAGAACCGGUGCCCCUGCAUGGAUGCUCGAAAUGACUUUGCAAAUACAGUGAAAACAAACGUGUUUGUAGAGCUCUCUUGUUUUAAACAAAAGAUGCCAAUAGUACAAACACGACUAUGGGAGCAGUGUAGACGUCUUUCCUCUAGGCCACGUCUGCAGUGUCGGCUCCAUUGACAGCUGCCGAUGACUAGGAGCCGGCAGGACUAGCUUGCUGGGCCGUCGAAUCGGAGACCAGUGGCGCUUGUGACACGACCGCAUGCAGCUCGUAAUAAAGCACCUAUCUUGGUCAGCGCAGCGUGUACACUAUUAUGUCGCGCUUAAACUGCAAUACAUUUGAUUUUAUCAACGCCGACGGAAGCGAAUGAGUAAGCCAGGUGAGCCUUUGAUUGCUGGGAGACUGUAUAGGCCUAGCUCGCUGGCUGCUGGAUGCGGGGCCGCCGGCCCUUCAAUUUCGAUUCGUGCCAAGCAAGGCCUCCCCUCCUUUUCCACAGACUUCCAAGGAUUAUCUUUCAAUUUAGGGGGGGUGCUUGCUCGGAAUUUUACUGUGUUUGCGAUGGAAUUGACAACCGUGACAUUUUCUAUCUAUUGACUAGCUUGCUCUGUUGUGGGGCACCUUAGAAACAUGUUUAAUAAGGAGUUGAGUUUUAACAAUUUUUCACAACAGUUUGCUAAGGUGGCAGUGCAUCUUCAGCGGUACAAUGACUGCUUUGCUGUGAACGCAUUGUAACGGCCACAAUGCCUUUUCACCUCAACCUGAUGUGCAGGCCGAGAAGCUUAGCCAUUUUUGUCUGUUUCACUCAUUAUUCUAUCAGCCUGUCAUUGAGUUUUUAUCUACAUGCAAAAAAAAAAAGAAAGAAGAAUGAGCUCAACUCGUGUCACAAUGCAGGCUUGUUGGUAUGUCAUCCUGGAGAACUGGCGUAGCGCAAGCAACACAAGGACACUAGAACGGAACAUGGGCACACCGACGCUGUGUGGGUCCACGUUCUCUUCUCUGUCGUCAUGUUGCUCGCGCUGCACGAGCAUUUCACGCGAGAACCUUUGUGGCUUGACAGUCACCCAGCAAGGUAAUGUAUUGGUGGCCAAGCUGUGAUGUGACCCACACAAUUGCACGCGUGUGCAAUUUUUCUUUGUGGGAAAAGCCGUCAUUUUAUUGACGUCAACCAAAGCUCAUUUGACCACACACAACUCCACAUUGUACCUGUCCAGGCAUAAUGGCUACAGCAGAAUGUCACUAAUAUGCCAUCACGGUUAUGAUUUUGCUGAAGCCUUGAUCCGACUGCUCUAUGAAAAUAGUCAGCAUGUUCGUGUAACACAUUUUCCGGGAUUUUUAUGUUGCAUUCUUCAGAUCUCGCGGAAGAUGUGUACUAGGCUUUCUAGUGUGUAUGUUUUCCUCUCUCUGUCUUUUAGUAUAAUGCAUUGUUACAUUGAAUCCCUCGUUCGGGUAAAUGUGCACUACUCGUAAUUCUGGUUUUGCAACGUGUCGCAUGCCUUGUGCUGCAUGUAAUGUUGUAGUACUGUGCGUGAUAUGUCUUAGUACAAAUUACAUUACGACAUUAUGUCGCUGUGUCUAGAAAAGAGUACUGUUUGCUUUUAACCGUCACAACAUGCAAUACAAAAAAGAGUUGGUUACAUUCUAGGUUUUUACGUGCCAAAACCACAAUAUGAUUAUGAGGCAUGUCGUAGUGAAGGACUCCGCAUCAAUUUUGACCACCUGGGCUUCUUUGACGUGCUCCCAAUGCACGGUAUACGUGCGCUUUUGCGUUUCACCUCAUCAAAUUGCGGCCGCCGCUGUCAGGAUUUGAGGCCACGCCCGCCCAUGCAAUACAGACGACCUCAGAAGUUUCUAAAAGCUGUGCCAUAGCAGAGUUUUUUUCAUCAUCUUAGUGUGUGGCUCACAGUUGCAAAGUACAGUAUGCCUUGCCCUUAAGGAAACAUAGUGUUCAAGCCCGCGUAAUUCAAUAUGGGUUGCAUCAGCUUCAUUGAGGAUAACUAGUGAACAUGAUGUGUUAAGUAGAACCAUAAUAAUUAAAGUUGUUUUUCCAGGCCUUCUUAUCAAAACUGAGCUGCAAUUGGGGCUGCAAUACCAGCUCCGAUAAUACUCAGAUAUCACUGUAUUGAAUCAAAUUGCAAACAUUUGAAUAAUUCUAUUUGCAAAUUGAAUAUCUACACUUUGAUCUUGCAAAUAUUUGGUAUAUCUGGUGUAGACAUCCACACAGUGCCGCAUGCCACAUAAUAUUCGAGUGGAGCCCCUUGUGCUCGACACAGCGGUGCGACUCUCCCGAUUUCAGGAUCUUUGACAAGUGACAAAUUGCACAUGACUUGACUUCGAAAACUGCGACCUCCGUUGACUUGCGCAGCGCCAAUGAUGGCUGUGCAUGGAGUGAGGGAUUGAGUCAUGUGAUGCACAGUCCGUGCUUUCAUUGGUCGGUCUUACUUUUAGCCCACCUGCCAGAAAGAUGCGAAAGCCCUUCUGUAUUUUGGAGGAAAUCUUGAAAAGCAAAACUUUAGAUGCAAUAAAAGAUAGUCAUAAAAUACAGGUUCACUAUUAAACUGAAAAUGUCUAUAAAAUACAGGUUCAUUAUUAAGCUGAGAAUGUCAUUGGUAUUCAGUAGAACACAACGUCACUGUAAUUCUUCAGCUUCAGAGGGAAAAAAACACUUUAUGCUAUUCAACAGACAUUCUAUUGGUAAAAUUCUUUUCAGAUUUUGUUAUACUAGAACUGACCUGUAAUCAGUGCUGGCAUGUUAAUUUGGAGUUCUUUUGAAAAGAGUAGACUGUAAUGUACAUAUUGAUUUCUAUGUACCUCAAUUACUGAUAGUUUACUAGUUUACUACAUCCUUUUUAUGCAAUGCUUGGAGACUUGCAAGCAUCUACCGCACCGCGUUUUCUUUACCAAAAUUUCUAAGCAUUAAAUUUUGUGAUAAACGUUCUUAUUUUCAAUUCUAUAUUCAGCUUUUCUUUUUUGGUUCAAUUCAAUAUUUGAUGCAAAAUCUACUAUUCAGUUUUCAUACACCCCUACAAUUAAGUGUUUUCUGUACGUUACAUUGGCAGGAAACAUGACUGCCGGCACAUUCUCGAGCGUGCAGUGCAGAAGACUGAACAAAGAAUGAGUAGGGUCAGGACACAAUACUGGCUUACAGACAAUGUUUUGUUGUUUGUUACCAUGCAUGCAUGCAAUUAAAAGCUGUAAAGGAAAUUCGCCGACGAUUACGAUACUCCCUAAUGGUGUAUACAUCUUUUCAUUUCACGAUAUAUUGGUUGGCGCAGACAAUCUGUCUCAUGCGGCAUGUUGCAAAUGGAGUGAAGUGUGUUGCGACUGCCUUGCCAAUCGGAAGAUCACGAGAGGCAACGCAUGGGUGACGCUUGGGUGACGCUUGGGUGCGAUUCACAGCAGCCGCCACAGACACACCUCCACUCAUGCAGCGUUUUGUUGCCAUAUAUGGUACCGGUGAUGUCAUCAGUGAACGUACUAUGUGCCCUUCUCUGGGGCCGUCUUAUAGCCAUCGUCGCCCCAAAACCCAUCUUGCACAGCACUACGCUUCUCUGCUCAUGCUUUCGCCAUACCCUCCUCCUCUGCUUUCCUCCUCGCGCUCUGCAUUCGCUGCUUCAUCCUUCACUGGGCUCGGUUACGAGGACACCAACACUCGCUGCAGGAAUGGGUGUCUAAGAGCCGCGCUCUAAAAAAUAUUGUUGCAGAGACCAUCGAAGAUGAUGUCAAAGUAAAGGGAAUAGCUAGUGCAAACUGCAGUAUUAAAAUGGACCCACCAGCUGUACUUUCGACGUGCAUUGCUGACAUCAAUAACAGUGUUUAAGGAUGACAUAAAUUAUCGUCAACAUAGAUGGCAUGACAGUGUGACAACAGCAGCUGCAUAAAGGUGUGAUGACGAUAUAAGUGAUGACGGUGCGACAGCAUGAUGAGAACCGAAUGGCGAUGAGGAUGCCAUGACAGCAGUUGUGCAGCUUUGCUUCUCGAGUAAUUUUAUCCAUGGAGGCCAGAUACUCCAACCAUUCGCUUUACAAUCAUGCAACGCACUGUGAAGUUGGUCAAAGUGAAGCUGUGGUGAACUGGCAAGAUGAAACAUCACGUCUCGGCAAGAAAUUAGCGCGGAUUUUUGGCAACUAAUGUGUCCCGCAAUCAUCGCACCGGAUGGCAGAGAAACACGACGAAGUGCUAUCUCCAACCACAGCGUCUAGCCUUCAGAUGUCGCGAAGUUCUCGUGCGACAGUGCGUGCCUUUCAAACAGCAAAAGUUAGCAUCCAGCUACAAACACGCCCUGUUUCUCAGUUACACGAGAGUCCAAGCAUGAAAACGGGUGAUAGAAACAAAGAAAACCCUCCGCAUUAAAAAAAAAAAAUGAAUGUCAUCAAAUUUUCCUAUAGUCACUGUGCUUCCUGCGGUCUUUUGCUCUGCAAACUUGAGUACGCUUCAGUGUUCGCUGGCCCAGCAGUUUGUAUGCUUGAAUUUAGGAAACAUUUACAAUUGAGAAAAAAAUUUUUAGCUCGCUGAUUUGCAUCAAACUUGUACUGUGUGUAUAUAUUUAAUUCCACUGACUUUAUCAAUGUAGUUUUGUCUCUUGAGGUGACAAUUAAAGUGAUAGAUUUAUAGAUAUUAAAAAGAGGCAUGCCAUUGUUUGGAGCUAUUAGCAAAUCAACAUGUGACAAUUUUUAGGGUGCAGAAUCAACCUAGAAUGUCCAAAGGGGAUAGUAAAGCACGUUUGUGCACUGAUCAUGUGAUGCAGUAAAAUUUGGGCUUUCUUGUGGCCUCUGCAUGAGGCUGUUCUUGAAGUUGAUGUCAGCUCUGCAUAGCAAGAAUGUUACAGUCGUGUUACACUUCAUUCGGUUGGUUGUCUCUUCCUUUUUUUUUUCCCUUCACGAGUGUUGCUCUUGUUUUUUCAAAGCAGUGAACAUUUGAAGUUGAGCUGUGUAUUACGGUUAUGUGAUUAGUCACCCUGUGCUUUUCUCGGUGUAAAUGAUGCCCUUUGUCAUUGGACACUUUACAUGAUUCUGGACAGGUGUGAGCUUCUCCCAGGCAAUCACUUGGUGGUAAGCUACAAAUGUCUUGUGCCUUGACGUACAGCUGCGGACAAAAGUAAUAUGUAUGCAGGAGCUAUGACCAAACUGCGUCUCAGUGCCACUGGCUGGCAUUGAUAGCCGGUUCAUACUUCUCAAGCUGGUUUUUUUUUUUACCCAUAGGUUGGCAUGGCAUUUGCAGCUUCUGCGGCUGCAAAUGACACUCCAUCACACUCGUCAGCGUGAUGGAGCUGAUGGACUAGCCGUUUCUUCAGUUUGCACAGGCUACACACACCCCAGUGACACAGGUGCGUGUAACUGCUAUCAGUUCCACCACAUUAGCGAGCUUUCAGCCACAGAAACUGCAAAUGGCACUCUGAUCCAUGGAUAAAAAAAACGGCUCAAGAGGUAGACUGGCUAUCAACACCGGCCAGUUAGCAUGUGCAAUACAAUUUCUAGCCUUCCCUCAAGGCUGCCAGAGGGCACUGGGAUGCAGUUUGGCCACAGUUGUAAUACUUUUGUUUCGUUGUGAGUGAAUUCAUGAUUGCAAGAUCAUCUGUAAAUUGUUAGGCUUCUGUGUGCGCUUUCAUUGCAUAAAACGUCUUGAAUCGCUAGGGUUUCGCUCAAGCAUCAUAACUGGCACUUGAGUCGAGAGACCAUGGUCAACACAGGGUGGUGAAAGAACUGCCAGCUGCUGUACAUAUCGAAUCAUGGUGACAGUCAUACUUUGACGUAACAAACACGGAGAUAACAAAUUCUUGGCUAUAGCUUGGUAAAUCUAAAACUUGGUAGGAUACACUUUAUUUCAUUCAUUAUUCAACCGGUGUAAAAAAAAGCUGGAAAUGUGAAAUGCAAGAGGCAGGCAUGUAUCCAGGAUUUUUUUUUCAGAGGCGGGGGGGUGUGUGAGGGCAACCCCAAACCCCGAGGUAAUGUUUCUGUGAAGAUGAGGGGCGGGUCUACUUUUACUACGUAGUACAAACGUUAAUAAUUCCCACCGUUUGCUAUAAAAGCAUGUCACAAAAGAGAAAUGAAAUAAGGUUUAUCUCAUGAGUACGCCUGUAAUAUACACCUCUCCUUUACUUGGCAAACCAGGAAGCACAUGAAAUUGACUCGUGCAGAAAGGACACAGCCAAGAACAAGUAAACAAGCAAAAGCAUAAAAUGAAGAUUCCUAGUGGUGUUUUUUUAAUGAGCACUGUAAGAAUUAUAGUGAAAGAUAUAUUUGUGGAACAAUCGCAGUUCUUUUGGAUCCCUCGUUUACUGUUCUACCAAGUGAGGUGCCAAAGCCCAUAGAGUUUCAUACAACAAAGAGUAGAGGGAACUCCAGCGCUAGCGUCUACGGGAGCUGCAAUGGGAGCAGUUGAGCCAGCAUGGGAAUUAUGGGAAGUGCAUGGAUUUGUCUAAACUUGGUUCUUCCGGCUUCAAAUGGCUUUGUGACUUUGUAAACUUGUAAUUUUCAACAAUGUACUGCGCAUUAAAUAAUUAAAUACACAUUAUUAAAAUUGUCAGACCGCAGAGAUUGAACACAGAAUCUCUGGCACAGAGGCCUCAUAUUGAAACCACUAAGCAAUGGAUGCAUACAUCGACAGGUGACAUAUAACGCCCUUAUGAAUUUAUUGUGGGCCCGCCAAUCCCUUGAGACGCUAGGCACGUUUCGAUUUGGCCACCUCGACAAGCUGAACCGUUGUAAUUAGUAGCAAUUAUUUGUGUUUCCAGCGUCUUCUGCACUUAGAAAUGUAUACAUUGCUCUCAAAUUUACAGCAAUGAAGGCAUACCGAGCAUAAUAAACGAAUCCACAAGCACGAAGACCAGACAAAUCCAUGUACUUUCCAUCAUUUCCAUGUUGGCUCAACAAUUGAAGUGCCAGAGUUCCCUCUAGUACAUUGUAGGAAAGUCUAUGCCAAAAAACGACUCAUAUUGUUAUUUGGGAAGUUGCGUAAUGAUGCAUGGCUGCCAGUCCCGUACAACAUGCCGCUUAAUUUCGGGGAGGCCUGGGCCCACUCGGGCCCCCCUUGGUACAGCUCAAAUCUUCGUACAGCUCAAAAUAUAUAAUGUGGUAGCAAUACUGUCAAAUACUCAAAAACUUGAAUGGCACAUUCGGGACAUGCAUGCGCAUCUUGGCCAAGGGCUUGGCUUUGCUUGCCCGCAGCAGAGAAUGAUCACACCGGUUGCGUGGUUGCUUAUUAACGUUGGUGCAAAGGAUUUCUGUAAUCUAGGGUUUUUCAUGAGCUAUUUAUAGGCACACCAAGCCACCAACUGGCGAUCAGUCAUAUUUUUGAUGACCCAUCAGAGCCAUUAUGCUUCCAUUUCCUCUGCUUUGACUUGAUUGCAAAACUUUGUCUCGCCAAUAUCGGUGUGCGAGCUUAUAACAAAUACGUAAUAUUAUAACGAUGAUAUUUUUGUGUUGGAUGGGACUUAUAUUGAGGUUCGAUGUAGCUUAAAGUUUUGCUUGUCAGCAUCAAUUUCUUUUCGAUAGUUUUUUUCAUUUUCCACAUCACCUUUGUGUUCACAUCCAUUGAAGCCUAACACUGCACAUGUUUUACUUGCCGAUUUUUCUACCUUACGUAUGACUUCACAAAUUUUAUUAAAACGGAUGUUUGGGUGAGUUGGUAAGCCAUAUUUGAAACAGAACAGUGCGGUUUUGAUGGGGACAAGCAGGGAGAAACGACACGGACGAGCGCUACAGUGUCGUUUCUCCCAGCUUGUCCCCAUCAAAACCGCGCUGUCCUGUUUCGAAUUUCACAAAUUUUACUGCUCUUCUAAAGCCGACACACUAUGAGAUCCUAGUUGCCUUCAGGUGAUUGUGUUCUGUUGCACAUGCAAGGGCACUGACUGCCACAGUCAACCACGAAAGCUUACAGGUCAUGGGAUUUGUCAGAAAAGCUAAGUUCCCAUGAUGCCUGGGCCUGUAGCCUCAAAUUCAAAGUUUCAAUUUGUUGUCUGUUUUGUGACUUACACAUUGACCCAGUAAAGUGAAAGCGCCAUGCCAUAACAGAGCACAAAUUCACACAUGGUGUAACCCGCAUCUCGUAAACUUUAUUAGCCAAGUGUACAUACUAUUCCCGCAGCCAUCUGUUCUCCCACUGAGGAGGAUAUUGUGCAUCACAAUUGAUAAUGCUCUUAAUGGCAUGAUAAUUUAGGCUGCUUGAUGCAUACCUUGUGCGGAGUAAAACAAACGACAGGACGUGAAAACAGUCAGCAAACACAAGGGCCCUUGUUUGUCGUCUGCUUAACCCUUUCAGGGUCAAUGACGUAAAUAUACGACGCCGCGAAGAAGUUCAAAAUGGUCGAUGCUGUAUAUUUACGGCGCCGUCUGUACGUUUAAAAAGCGCACCAAUUUCCUAGGUUUUUCUUUCCUGGCAUGUGCUGCCACUAUGUGGGAGUACAGGGAAUUUUCUCGCUCCUCCCUCUCUCGGUUUUCAUUGCAUGGUUUGUUUCAGAGCUAGUUUGCUCCGGCGCGUCUAUGUACUACCGCUCGCGCAUUGGCGUGUGGGCGGGCGGGCAACGAUUUGGGCUUUGUUCCGCAGGCGGUUUCGGCUUCUUGCGCUCGCAAAACUGAUGCCUAUCUCGUUACUAUUGCUCAAAGAAUGGCCGCCUGUUUCUUGCUCGUUUGGUGCUCACAGGGGUGAGCAUAGGAAGGAUGCCACCGUGCAUGCGUUUCCUUUUCUUUUCUUUUCUUUUGGGAGACUCGCGAUAUCUAUUUGCCUCAGAUUGGCGAUAAGAUGAAGGUUAGCAGAUCUUUGUCAUACGUUUUGCUUUUUUGACGGGCACACAACCACAUAGUUUUCUUGGGUGCGCUCACCUACGCAGUUUGAUUAGGCUAUGGGUGUAAAUAUUAGUGUAAGAGCAGGAACAUUUGAGACAUGCCAAAUAUUCUCAUGUGCGCAUAUUCUAAACCUUGAACUAGAACAAUGCAUCAAAUUUUUAAUUCUUAUAAGUUUAUUUCCUUUUUUAUUGUUGUUGUUCUUGAAUAUAAGUACAUAUAUACCGACGCAAGAUAUUUUUUUCUCAUUUUAUGGUCACCCUAGAAAAAUUAUGGUAAAUUUUUUUCAACAUAGGUCCCUCAGAAGAAUUAGAGUCUGCAAUUAAAAAAAUCGACCCUUGGCGGUCGCAUAUGGUGAAAAAAAAUCGGCCCUGAGAGAGUUAAUAUUCUAUUUUGACUUCUGUUUCUCUCAUUGCCUUAGUUUGUUCUCAAUAUCUUGUCCUUGCUGUCUCAGUAUGAUUGUUUCCCCUCCAAUUUGUAACUGCUGUCAUUGUCCUUCCUCGUCACCAAGUGUAAUCACCACUUCGUCUUCCCCACCAAGACCCAUUAUGACAUCAACCACUUCUGCUUGAUGAUAAGCUCCGUCCCUUGCCAGAUACUGCAUGGGCUUACCGUUUGCUGUGGCCUCUGAAAAAAUACAUUCACAUGCUGUACAGUUCCCGAUGGCCCCGUAUUAAUAAUACAUUGCGAGGCCUAAAUGGACCAAUAACCACCCAGAAUGUAUUAUGAGAUGCUUGUAGAAAAAAAAAACAUAAUUUAUGUGAUAGAAUUGAGCAUGCUGUUUGCAAUUAAAGCAGGAAUUAUAAUUUUAAAUUGGCACAGAAGUCUCUUAGAAUGGUAUGUCGUGUGAACCAAUGGUGACACCUUGGUACUAGAGAUGGAAGCAGUAAGUCGGCUGUUAUUAAGUGCACCAUACUUACUGUUAAAAAUUGCAGGUGUCUUGUGCAUGUAUAUUGCAAGCUAAAAAAAGGCCACGGCAUCAAUGGUUCUGCCUAACAAGCGGUUCUGCCUUUGCGCCAAUGAGUGGAACGACAAGGUCGUGGCAUUUCCCAUUCCAUGGCAAUGCACAAGAGUGCUGUGGUAUGCACACAAGUUUGUUAGCGAGUGCCCAGAGCUUUGUGGUGAGCUAACUCACCAAAUUGUGUUGUAAAUGGACACCAGCACCACAUGAAUAGCACUGUACUAGCAUAUCCUACUGCUUCCAACCAAUGCCAGCGUACAAUCGCUGUGGCACUCACCUGUCGGCGUUUCCAGCAUACGACUUCAUGAUCACGAUUAAGACUUCAUGAUCAAGAUCACAACUGCAGAUACGAAUGUUCUGAUCAGAAAAAUUUUCCAUGGUGUAUCCUGCAUUACCAUUGCAAGGUUGUACACUAUGAACCGUAUGCUUUCUGUUUCAUUAAAAAAAAAAAGAAGAAAGGGUAUCACAAAAAUUGGUUGUCGGUGCCUUUAUUGUCUCGAAACUGCACAUUAGGCUACGAGUAACAGUGUGGUAGAGGGCUCCCAAUUGAUUUCGACCACCUGGCAUUUUUUAACAUGCACUUUAACCAACGUGCACGAGCAUUUUUUUUUUUUUUUUCAUUUCGCCCCCACCGAAGUGCAGCUGCAACAGCCACAACAGGCUGUUGUGGCAACAGGUUGUUGUGACAACAGGAAGUUGUGGCACAGUCAACUGUGCCACAACCUCCUGCACAGCAGGACAACACCAUAAUGACUGGGCUACUGCAGUGGAUAGGCAUGUGCUGCACUUCACUUCAAGUUUGGUGCUCAAGCGAUGGCUCAGUGCUUGGAGCUGUGACAUGGUUUUCUGGCCUCCGCUGCCUCUGGGAAGCAGUUUCAUUUUGCUUUGUAGCAUAGUCAAUAGGUGCUUUUUGUUGGAUUGUGUUGAAUUUCCUUUGCAUUCUCAUUGACCGUUGCUCAAUUCUUGACGACUUUCGUAGGAUUAUCGAUUGUUCAUUCACAGGAGCUCUAGUGGAUAGGAAUCGUGUGCCUAAAGACGGUGUCGUAACAAAACGUUGAAGCUAAAGAUUGGCACAGCUACAGAAUGGCACAGAUUGAGGAGGGGGGGGGUUCUACAUACUGUAUGGCAAAGUACUUGCAUUAACAUACUCUAGCUCAUUAAUUGCUGUUCAGGUGAUGUCGAUGAACUUGUGCUAGCAAGGCACAGAUGCUACACAUCCUGUGCUUGCUUUAACAUGGCGUGCCAUCAUGUAGCAUGCACUCGUUAAAUGAUGGCUGUUGCUUCCCAUGAUACACUUUCACUAUUUGUUUCCAUGAUUACAUGUGUCAUACUUUGGAGGCUAUGGACAAGAUACUGUGGCCGAGUGAUAAUGUUAAGUGCAACUUGCUAUGGGCAGUAAAACAAAGAAACGCAAGGUUUUGUAAUAGAGUGUUGAAAAUGCUGGUGUGUAGAUAUGUGCCUCUUUUUAUCAGCAUGCAUUCCUUAUGCAUAGGCUCCGAUACAGUCAUUUAGGAAAACAAUAUUUUAUUAGCAUAUUAGAAAGAAAAACUGCACAACCAGCCAUAGUGCUCCUUUACUUGUACCACGUAGGUAGUUCUUUUUGUACGUCUUGUGCUGCUUUCUCACGGUACCAGCCUGUGUAUGGUCUAUUGAACUCGCAGUGGCAUUCAUAAAGCUGGAGUGUGUGACUGGUUGAGUGCCCUUUUCUUGAUGCGCAGCAUCUGUUAUUGAUUGUGGCGUUUGCUGGGCACAUCGCAAUAUAAUUUUCCCAGUAACUAAACCUUGUACAACCGCAGCUGUAGCCUGUAGGAACGUUGAUAACAGUGCAAACAAUGUACAGAAAAAGGACGCACAGGCAAGUUUUGAUUUGCAAUAGUAUUUUAUUUAAAGAAUAGUGACUUAAUGUACGGGAUGUUGGCUCUGUAAAAAACGCCUGUGUAAACAUCACUUCCGGCCGCACCAGUGGCUUGUUUCUGCUUUCCAUUUCACUCUUUUCAGUUUUUGUUUUGUGCAGUACCAUGACUUCGUAGUUAUUUCUUUUCAUUACUACCAUACCUUGAUGUAGCACUUGCGCCUUUCACCAAGAAUACAGUCAAAAUGUACUUUUGUAACAAUAGAGAUAUAACAAAUUACUUCAUUGCUAUAAUGAAACAAAAAAUUUGAGACAAUUCGCAUUACAUCAAAAUGAAGAUUUGUUUCUGACAGCUCAAAAUAUGUAUUCUAGCAGCAAGUACAUACUUGACAAUUGCAACUUGGGACAGCAUAUUUCAGAUGCACAUGUUCAUAUUAAUAAGCCAGCAACUUGGCUUGGCUAGUUUGUGUUCAGUAAGCCAAUGGGCUGAUCCUGUGUGAUCACAAAUUUGUUUACUCAUUGCAAUGGAAAGUGGGUGCUUGUAAUUUUUUUUGCUUGCAUGCACCAUCUCGGUACAGCAAGCUGUAGACUGGCUCGACAGAAAAAUCUACUGGUCCGUCAAGGGCAUCAAAUUUGCGUUUCCCUCACAUGGAACACAUUCUCUGAUAUUUCUUUUAUUCAUGAUAUUGGACUUUUGCAGUUAUAAUGUAUAUUGGGUGUAACAAAAACACUUUUGUGUUGGAUGUGACUUUGUUAUGACAAGGUUUGACUCUAUUCAUGAGCGUUUAUCAUCUGCUACAGUGCCACGCAAAAUAUGAAAAUUUUCUUCGUGCAAUGAAUGGUGGUUCAAUCUGUUGCCCAAAGAGUAAACGUUCCACAUUCCUUUGUUUAUGUGGCAGGUAUUCAGCCACCUUAAAUUGCAGCACCAGUCCUAUGACUAAAAAAAUAAUGCGUGCUCAAUUCAUCGUCACUGCAGACGAAGCAUACUUCUUAUUUAGUCUGUACUAAACAACCAACUGUUGCAUCAAAGCAUGGCGAUAAAGCUCAUCUCAAAGUCUAAUUACUUCAUAAGAUUUGCGUACGAGGAAGUUAUCAGAAUAGCCAGAAAAGUCAAAAAACGUACUCACGGAAUCACAUAUGCAGACAUGGUGUGAGCUUGGAAACAAAGAAAAAAAAGUCAUGGUUCUUGGGUCCAUAACUGUUGUUUUUAUAUAAAAUUUAUUUGUUAGUCACAGACUUUUCAUUUUUUGUUUCUCUGUUCCUUGUUGGCUGUGCUGUUUCAAUUUAUUCAUGAAUGUGCACUUUUUUUUUGCAUUACAGCAGAGGUAAGCCAUCUAUUGCUGGCAACCUUUACUAUUCUUGCAGUGUUGUUCAUACAUUACGUGUCCAUGUUUCUUGGAACUGAUACUGGGCUGUGUAUUGCUAUGAAAUGGUGCUGCUUCACAUAACGGCGACAUUCAAUUCCGCAACUUGUCAAGCUUAUGAUUUUUUCUUUAUAACAGUUGUCUAUUAGGAGUAUGUGCACCACUCUGCCUAAUUGUUCAGUUUGUAGAGUGCAAGCUUGUUUGGAUGAGGACAGAAAAAAAAAAGGACAUCAUCCAUCUGUUUUCUUCCUGCUAUUGCGCAGUUCAAUAUGCUUAACCAUCAAGUCUAAAUAUCGAUAUCAAAAUUGAAGACUUCUUUAUUCUUUCCAGUUGAAGUACUUGCCUUGAUGCAUCCCUGUGUUUGUGUUGAGUGACGUUUUCUUAUCAGUGGCUGGUUGACAAAUUGGUAAAUGUUUGUGUAUUCUCCAAGUGCUUGGUGAAUGUUAUCUGCACAACUAUACAACAAGGGCUCUAGAAAGAUCAGUACAAAUUAGCAAAUAGUAGCAUGUAUAGAUAAGGAGUUGAUGCUUGGUCUAACAAGGUGUUUCAGUAAUUACUGUCUGAAUAUUUUAUUGUAAGAGGUUUAAAAAAUUAGAAUAAAAAGGUUAUAAAUUUUGAUGAAUAAGGUACAUAGCAGUGGUGAACAUAAAUCACUGUUUAACAAAUUUUCAUCAAUUAACCUUUUAAGUAACAGCAUUAGGAAGCAUGUUGUAAUUGUGGAAUCGAAGUGUGGUAGUAUGGAAAUCAUAACCAUUUGCCAGAAACCAUGCCUAACACUUAUAUUGAGAAAUAUGGAUUCGCAAUGUGUGGCAAAGGACAUUGCUGUUCCAGCAAACACUUCUGGAUUUCAUUUGCCUGCAAUGCGGUAGCACAUUAACUUGAAUCAUAGUGUAUUUGGACACGCAUUAUAAAUUCAUAUUUUUCGAAACUAGUGCUAGGCACAAAGUUGCUAGCAAAGGGUUACACUUCACAUACUGGUCGACUUCAAUCCUACAAUCAUAAUGUGUUCCCUACUUUAAUUAUUGGUAAGUUAGUUAGUGAAGAUCAGGUGGCAAUAAUGUUUCAGUUAUCAGAUUGUUUCAUUAUGUCCAUCAUCCAUAUGAACCUUGUUCAGUGAAAUUCAUUCAAUAAUUGCAGACAGCUAUAGCUAAAACACCUGUGGUAUUGCCUAGCAGAAGGGCUUACCUGUUUCCCCUAACUUCUGUGAAGUCGUAUAUAGACAGUUGUCUAAAAUUCCGUGCAAUAUGAAUCACUCUCCUGUGUUUAGCCUCCAGGCCAGCUAGCCCUUAGCACUGUUUGUUUAUGACACUAGUAGGGGGCUCUUUCACUGAAUGUUGAAUUGCACUUCAGUUGUCCCUGCUGCUUGUAAUAAAGAACCUGUGAAUUUGGAA